UCCAAAUGCGUGACAAUUUGGAGCGCCAAUUAAAUUCACAGAGUGCCAAGUCUGGAGCAAGUAUAAAACACAGGGCCAGUCGAACACUUGAAGGCAUAUCCAUUUGGAAAUCGCAGCAGAAGAGACAUAGACAAUGCAGCAAAUGUUGGUUAUCCUAUCGAUGGCUUUGGUGGCCAGUGGUGCAGCUAAAGCUGCUCCUGCAUUGCCAAUUGCUCCUGCGGUGGCUUCACCAUUCACCGCUUCAUCCAUUGGACCAUAUGGUUUACCAUUUGCUGCCUAUACAGGACCUUUGGCAGGGCCAUCGCCCCUGGCCAUAUCGAGUAGUCAACGUUUGGAUUACUUCAAUCAGUUUAAUGCUGCCUUUGCUCCAGCCCCAGCUGCACGUUUUGUGGCCACUCCAGCGGGCAUAGCCGCCUUGCCAUUCCCGGCUGCAGCUGCUUCGGCCCGACUAUUUGCACCUGCAGGACUUGGAGCAGGUCCAUUCUUCUUUUAA